AGAGAAAACCCUCUUGCAGGCCUUGGAAGAAAUCAAAGACACCCUGAAACAACAUACGCUAAUGUUGCAGUCACUGCUUCAUAGUGGAGCUGCAGAAGUAGAAGAUGUUGAUAAUGUGUUCAACUUGCCGUUAACAACAGAGCAGGAUGUUGAAGAACUGGAUGAAAUAUUAAAAGAUAAACUGAAACGGAAGUCAUUUAGCCGUUAUCUUGCAAGUUUGGGAGGAUACGGGGUGAAGAACAUGGUAGACAGGACCAUGUCGGCCGUAUUCACCAACCCACUAGCCACCAGAUUUAACUGGUCAGGGAAAGCAGGGAAGUUAUCUUUCUCAAAGCUGCUUUUCUCAAAGGUCCUCAAAAGUGUUGCCAAACGACAAUCUAUUAGAGAGGCAGACUGUGAGGAGGCUGUUAAAAAGUGGCUGAAAAACAGCAUCGACCGUGAUGACGGGAGAAAAAGAAGAGCAUCAAAGAAAAAACAGUUGGAUCUUGCAAAGGAAACAGUUUCAUCCUCAUCUGAGUCAGACUAGGUUCCAGUGAUAUUGAAUCGGACAAGCUUCAAAUAGGAUAUUUUGGUUGUAUCUGGAUAUUGCAACGGGAAAAGUGAUGUCGUCAUAAUCAUGUUAUGACUUCGAUUAGAAUAGUUUUGUAUCAUUUCUGACAAUACAAUCAUAUUCAUUGCACAUUACCAAACAAAGAUAAGACCUAUAUAUAUAUAUAUAUAUAUAUAUAUAUAUAUAUAUACCAAAAAUAACAGUAAAAAUAAUAAUGAAAAUUUCAUUUUGUCACAAUUAAAACAUAGCUGUGAUAUUGUGUUAUUACUGUACUUUAUGUAGGCUAUUGGUGUCCAUUAUUUUCCAAAUAGUUAUCCAUUCUUAAAAUAAUGGAUAUGUAAUUGUUAAUUUUUUUAAAUAAUGGUACAUCAAAAUAAGUAGAAAUAUUUUAGGACUAGGCCUGAAACAUUUUUAUCAAAAUGUUAUCUAAAGUUUUGAUGCAUAUAAUAUUAAUUCCAUUUUGUACAUAUUUCACAAUAGUAUUAUUUUCACACUGAUAUAUUGGCUAUAUAUUACAACUAAUUGAUUACAGCUGCAUAAUUUGGGGAAAUGGCAACACAGAUGAACUAGAUCGCAUUCUAAGAUGACGGCAAUAAUAAUACUUGAUGCGGAAAAUCUGUCACCUCGGCACCACUAUUUGCAAAAUUAUUGUGGAUUACAGUGAUGACUAGAAUUAAAUACCAUAACACAACACAUAUCGUCCAAGGAAGGUUGUCUCGUACUCAUUCACUUCUGAUUUUGUCAGGCUACAGAGUCUGUAUCAAGUCGAGGCCAGUCUAAGUUAGACUUAUUCACAUUAUAGGCAUUGUGUACCAUGUGUUGGCUAUAUCUGCACUGCCGCCAGUGUCUGUACAGUCUGGAUUUAAAUAUAUUUAGCGAGGGCGUACAAACCACUUCGGCAGGCAGCAUAUUCCAGGAGUUUGUUAUCCUGUUACUGUGGUAUUGCUGCCUAAUGUUCUUCAUAGACCUAUUUAUUUUGGGUAAAAUUCACUUUUUAAACAUUUUAUGUAAGCAGUGCCUCAAAAUUGCAAUCUGUUAAAAAUUAUUACGUUCAUGCCUGUUGUUAGUUUGUGUAGGCUACUGUCUGUAGUUUGUCCUUUUUUGUUGUUUACUGCAGGAAAAACAUUACGCUAUUCAUAUGUCUAUGGAAAACGUACACAAAAGGGUCCACUAGAUUAAUAUACAAUCCCCCUCUCCUCUCCUGUUCAGACCAGGCAUUGUUCGUACAUUACUUAGUAUGUAUUCCUAAUUUCCUCCUGUUCCAGAUGGUUCAGUAAUAUGGAUCAAUCAAAUACUUGUGUGUGUUGUGUAUAUAUAUAUAUAUCCUUUUUUGCUGUGUAUAUGUAGCAGAAUAUGGAUAUAGUUUUUAUAAACAGUUAGGUUUUAACAUUUUAUUAUCAUUAAAUUUUUAUAAAACAUAACAAAAACCAAAAAUAGGUUUUUUAACACUUUUAUUGUCAUAAAAUAGUAUAAACUAAUUCUAAAUACAAGUCUAAAUGUAAUUCAAACUCAGUAACCAAAGCUUGAAGUUUUGUCUUUCUAUAGUUUCUGAAUUACUGAGAUAGAAGCCGAGUGUGUCUCAAUCUGCGGGUGUCUUUCUUGUUACUGGUUGUUCCAGCUUAGCUUUUGAUAAAAGAGUCUUUAUUUCAUUUUAAACAUCCAAACUGUUUCAUUUUGUUGCCCCCCUACGACUUCUUCCCCCCCACCAGGUUCAGAGACUGAGUCCGGGGUAGGCAUGCCUGAACCCUAGGGAUAUGGGCACGUUAAUACAGUUCCCAUCCCAUUCUGCUGCUGUUUGUGAUACGAGUCAUUGGUGAUUUUGAGUGUUUUCUUCAAAGUUAUUGCACAGUGUUUUUACAGUUUUGCACCAGGCUAAACUUUGUCCCAAUUAUGAACUCAAUGAUAUAUUAGGUUCUGUUUAUUUAUUUUUAUGUAUGCUAUUUGUAAUAUACUAAUAUUACAAAAGAGUGUAUGAACUUGAAUAUGUAUCAAAUGAUGUGUAUAUAUGUUAAUUGUGGCAACAUACACAAAUCAUGUUAUGUUAUGUUAGUAAUAUUGUAUUAAAAUAUUAAGUGAAUGUUAUGUUGUAUUUAUUUAACCAUGUGUAAUACUAGUAAAUAUGUCAUUCCAUGAUUGUAGACAGAUGAAAUUUACUAUAUGAGAUGUAUUGUGAUAUUGUAUUAUUUUAAGCAGUUAAACUGUAUAUGUGAAUAUAUGUGAAUAUAUGACUACUUAUCAGAAGUGCAUAUAAAUUAUAUAUAUAAUGAGUAUUAAUAUCGCAUGUGUACUUAAGACUAUAUUUCUUUUAUUUAUAGGGUUUUAAAAUAGUCCGGAUCAUUAUAUCCAAGAUUGGGGCCAACAGUUUGGAAUAAACGUCUUA